GCGCAACCUAGCGGCACAGGCCGACAGGACUUCCCGUGAGCAGAGGGAGAACGCGGUAAAACGAGGAGAGAGGGCAGCAUGGCAUCCGACGACAAUAUGGCUAACAUUAACGGAAAGGAGGCUGCCUCCCUGAACGGAGAGCCGGUGGUGAAGCGGCCGAGGGARAACGUCCAGCAGGAYGUGUCGCUCCGCGCCCCGAGGGAGCCCCAGAACAAAGUGACCGUGGUGCUCGGAGCGCAGUGGGGCGACGAGGGGAAGGGAAAAGUUGUGGACUUGCUCGCUAUGGAUGCGGAUAUUGUAUGCAGGUGCCAGGGAGGAAACAAUGCAGGUCACACCGUGGUGGUGGAUUCAGUGGAGUACGACUUCCACCUGCUGCCCAGCGGCGUGCUCAACAAGAAGGCCAUCUCAUUCAUCGGCAACGGAGUGGUGAUUCACCUGCCAGGACUGUUUGAAGAGGCUGACAAAAAUCUGCGGAAGGGGAAAGGACUACAGGGAUGGGAGGAGAGGUUAAAGAUCUCCGAUCGGGCCCACAUCGUGUUCAACUUCCACCAAGCUGUUGAUGGGAUCCAGGAGCAGCAGCGGCAGCAGCAAGAAGGGAAAAAUUUGGGGACCACUAAGAAAGGCAUUGGACCAGCCUACUCAUCCAAAGCCGCUCGCAACGGUCUGAGGGUCUGUGACCUCGUCUCAGAUUUCAAGGUUUUUGAAGAGAAGUUUCGGAUGUUGGCCGAUCACUUCCUGGCCAUGUAUCCAAACCUCAACGUCGACAUCAAAGGGGAGCUGAAACAGCUCAAAGAGUACGCAGAGAAACUGCGCCCCCUGGUGACUGACGGCGUGUACUUCAUGCACAAAGCCCUCACUGGUCCCAGCAAGAAAAUCCUGGUGGAAGGAGCCAACGCUGCUCUACUGGACAUCGACUUUGGGACGUACCCUUUCGUCACGUCUUCUAACUGCACCGUCGGCGGCGUCUGCACCGGCCUCGGCGUGCCUCCCUCGUACGUCGGCCGGGUCUACGGCGUCGUUAAAGCCUAUACGACCCGGGUGGGAGUUGGUGCUUUUCCAACUGAGCAGGAUAACGUGAGUGAGAAACAGUGACCCAAGUCGCUGACA